UGUCUCUCUCUCUCUCUCUCUCCGUGUAGUUUAGGGUUUGUUUCUGCUUAGUUGCCAUGGAUGAUUCCGACCAUAGCAAGCUGUUUGUGGGAGGAAUUUGUUGGGAUACGACUGAGGACACGCUAAGAGAACACUUCGGUCAGUACGGGACUGUUAUUGGUUGUGUGGUCGCCAAAGAUCGAAACUCGGGAAGCCCUAGAGGGUUUGCUUUUGUCUCCUUCUCGGACUCAGAUGCUUUGAAUAAAGCACUUGAAGACACCCAUGAAAUUCUUGGUAGAACGGUAGAGGUGAAAAAAGCCAUACCGAGAAGUGAACAACACCAAAACCAACAACAGAGUAGAUGGUUGACUAGAAACAGUAGAAGUAGUGGUAGGAGCAGUGAUCAAUUUAGGACUAAGAAGAUUUUUGUAGGGGGAUUAUCAGCUAAUCUAACUGAAGAAGAGUUCAAGAGUUACUUUGAGAAGUUCGGUAGGAUAACAGAUGUAGUUGUGAUGCAUGACAACGUUACCCACAGGCCAAGGGGUUUUGGGUUUAUAACUUUCGAUUCUGAGGAUGCUGUUGAGGAUGUUAUGCAGAAGAACUAUUAUGAGUUGAGUGGCAAGCUUGUGGAGGUCAAGAGGGCUGUCCCAAAAGAGGGAAAUAACAACAAUAGCAGUGGUUAUAAUGCGAGAGCGGGUACGGGAAGAGGUUCUAACUCCAACAGUUAUCAGCAAGUUAAUUAUGCACCUUAUAGUCCUAGGUACGAGAUGCUUCCCGGUUAUGGACCUGUUUUUGGGUACGGGGGUGUUACAGGGUAUUACGGAGCAGGAGUCCUUGGGGCUGGUUACCCUACUGGAGCAUACGGUGGUAUUGGCUACGGGAUUGCUCCAGUUGCACCUAGAAGCCCAUGGAAUGGUCCCGCAAUGGUUGGUGUUCGGGGAAGUCUCUUGCCUUGUGGUAGUGCUGCUACUGUUUAUCCUGCCUACUUGAAUGGUGGGGUGGGUAUGAUAGCCAAUGGUUAUAGUGGGAUUUUGGGAGCGGGAGGUAAUGAAAAACCUAGUCAAAUUGGUGGUGGGGAGGCACAAGUGACAGCUGAUAUGAUGCCUACUCAGAUUGAUAGGGGCUGUGUAGAUGUAGUUUCUUCGGGUUCAGGUGGAAGCUAUGGUGCUGCUUCAAGCAAACAGAACCAAAGAGAUAUUGAUGGGCGAUUUAGGGCCUACCCUGCGGGUAGUUCUAGCUGACUAUUUUGCAAGCCUUGUCUGGUCAUAGACAGGUUAGUAAAUUCUUACACUUCUGGGGUGGGCUGUUUCACUACCAUAGUUCAGAUGUCCUUUCUUUAGAGGUCUUUUAUUUUGUUCCAAAGAUGUUGCUUGUUAUGUGUCAUUUAGUUCAAAUAAGUUACGCGUACAGGAUCUGUCUUCUGUAAUAUAAUUCUUCGAGAUGAAUUUGUCUCUUUGUUUUUUUUCUUAUUCAUAAUUGGGUCACAUUGCAAGUAACUUUGGGAUAUGAAG